CAUACCACAAACCAAAAGAUCCUGAGUCAGAGAGCCUCAACAUUUUCACGAUGGAAAAGAAACUCCUUCUGUGCCUUGUGCUCCUCAGCAUAUCAGUGGCGAAAGCACAAUACGUCGACUGCCCUGCUGGGUACCAGGAGAUUGACGGAAGUUGCUACUACUUCUCCAAAGUGGCCAAAAACUCCCGCCAGGCCAUAGCCACGUGCGAGGCCCAGGGUGGUGAGCUGCUCGAAGUUGACGACGACGCUACAAGGGCCAUCAUCGACAAUUAUGCCUCGCGUUGCGUGUACUGGAUCAGUGCAGAGUCUCAGCUGAUUGACUACUGGCAGAACGAAAAGAAAGAAUUCAAGUUCAUCUGCCAUGCAAAUCCAGCCGCUAGCGAGGAAGCACCAUAGGAUCAUGGUACUCAAGGUCUGUGAUUGUGAAAAUCCUACCAGGCAUUUGGACACAUGAAUGACACCGGAUACUGCGCACUACUAGUAUGCUAUUUCGAUAGAUGCCAAGACCUUAAAGCUUCAUAAAUGGUGAAUAGAUGCAAAAUGACAGGAUAAUAUUAGAUUGCUAAUAACAGUAAAUCAGGCUACCAUGCAUUAAUGCAAAAUGUACUACUACUACUACUAAUUAAUUACUAUUAACUAUAAGAUAUUGUUAGAUUCCAUAGGAGUGACUUAUGUAGUAGCCAUCCUUUUAGCAUGUGCUAAGGCCAUGUUGAUUUGACUAUAAUUAUGGAUGACAUCCAAUGGGAAUCCCAAAAACUGAUGCAAGGUGCGAAUAAAAAAAAUUUUGACAAAAAAAGUUGCCUUCAUUAUGAAAUCAAAGUGGUCAGGAAGGUUGAACAGAUCACUGAACACAUAGAAUAUAGCAUACUAAACAAUAGAUUCGUUUGUGAAGGUUAGACAUCCAGGAUAUGAUAAAUAGAUGUAGGUUCAAACUCUUCUUCUGGAUAAUAUCAAA